GAACAAUGAAUACGUUCUUAGUGCUGGCGAUAUUAUCUUUUCAGGUGGGCUUCAUCAAGGCAUGCACAUGCGUAGAUAACCCAACUAACGGAUGUGGAUCUCAGUACUCUGUCCUUGGUGCUGUGAUAGGGGAACAGGCUGUUGGUGAUCCAUUCACUGAGAAAAUUCGGUACACAGUUCUAGUGCUUCAAGUUUAUAAGACAGAAAGACCACUAGCGAAUGUUGUUCAGAUUGAGGCCUAUGUAGAACCUUCACUCUGUGGACUACGAUUGCCGUUGGGUCGUACAUUCGUCAUAUCAGGGUACUUUGACGACAUGAAUGUAAUGAAUACAAACGCAUGUCUGUACGUCAGGUCUUGGGAAGAGAUGCCACCCUGGGAGAGAGCAGGUCUAUUUUGCCGGAGGAGAUACUAAAGAUACUGCGUGUAUAUAUUGUGUAUUAUGAGGUAUUAAAGACGCUGUGUGUGUAUAUUCUGUAUAUAUGACGUAUCUAUGACGUAUGAUAUCAAAUCUAACAGGCCUACA